AUGGACACUACUACAUGGAUAAACCGCAAUCUUUACACGUCGCGUACUUCAAAUUGGCCUCCUGACAAACCUGGGUGGUUGCAAGACUACAACAUGCAAUCCUGGCCCACCGUCGACAUCCACAACAACCACCUCGAACGGAACUUGAACGAGGUCGCUUACGACUUCGAUUACGGUCUCUUGCACAGUUCCCCCUGCGGUGAAUGUAGGGCACACAUUCAGCAUCUCUUGCCACACAUACAUAAAGGCCACACGCGUCGGUUAGAUAUCCCUUUUCUCUUUAGCCUCAUUUAUAGCGCUGCUCGCGAAGAGGGCCUAGGUGAAGGAUUACGUCGAGGGAGCGAAGACAAUCAACACUUGAGGGCCUUGGUCUCCCUUUUGAAUGCCCAACUCGACAAUGCCAAAAAGGAAAUUAUGAUCCUCCAGGCGAAUCGGAGUGGCUUGUCAUCUACCUUGAAAUCAAGUGGGUCUAGCGCACCCGCGCUACAGGUCUCCACGGAUGUGAACCAAGGAAAUGCAGCAGUCACCCAAUCUUCUAGGAACCUAACUUGCGAACUGGUCUCUCGUGACAACGAAUUCGUUCGAGCUGUAUCCCCUAUCGAUCGCGAAACAUACUAUUCGUCUCGCCCUCCGUUGUUGCCUACCCGGACAUGCGCCGCGCUCUCGGCAGCCCUCCCGACAUCACCUAAAACCCAAACAGGGGCGUCAAAUCAGCGCUCGACAGCGGCAGCGGCGACAUCACCACGACGCAGUGGCCAUUCUCAGCAGCAGCAGCAGCAACAACAACAGCAACAACUCUCCCCAAACGCAGGUCCAUCAUCUCCGACGUCAGCCAGAGGCACUGGGUCUGGCCACCACCGUCGGCACUCUGGCAUGUCCAACCCCACCCUCGACGACGAUGUAUCCGUGUGGUACAAGUACUACAAAGCGAACCUUGCUUCCUGGCCGCGAGGGGUGCGACAGGACACCCAGGGAGGCCCACUGAUAACCGAUCUACGAGCAGAUAGGGCUGUGGCCAAAAUGUGUCCAAGGAGUGAUUACAUUCCUGAGACGACGGAGCCAAGGUCCCCUCCUCUUCAACCUCCUUCGCAACCCACUGCCGGCUCUAGUACUGUCGUCAUGGAUUUGGAAGCUGAGGGUAUCGCCAAACCCCAGCCCCCAAAACCGCUUUUCAAGGCUCUCAUGGCCGAGUUGUUCUCCCAGCCAGGAUUGUACCAACAGCGAGUCCGAGAACUGGGUUUAACGAUCGCUUCGAAUCAAGGCCACACUCCUGGCAACGCAGGGCCCUCAUACAGGCCAUUUGACCAACGAUCACUAACUUUCCACGAUAUCGUCGUCCAUCUGACUCAAUGCGGGGUAACGUUUGAAAUUGCGGAGAGAGACUUUGAGGGGUGGAGUGAGGCUUAUUUGGCUGGCGUGAAUUGCUCAGUGCCUAAACCGGCUGGCGCGAAGAAGCAACAGACUGCAAGCUCGGCGCCCGUUGUAGAUGCGAGGGCUUUCACGCGCCGAAGGUUGCAGCAGUGA